AUGACGGAUAAGGGGUUCCCUUCCUCGGUCGUCCCCCCGCGCAAACCUCUGCCAGUCUCUAAAGAAUUGAAAGAAGCCAAUGUACCACCCCCGGUACCCUGGUGGGAUGUCCGCCAAUUCCCCCGGCGGAAGCGCAUCAUUCUGGCCGCUACCGUUGCAGCGAUCAUCUUAAUCGCCCUGAUCAUUGGAUUGGCGGUGGGCCUGACCCGAAAGAAAAAUUCCAACCUUCCGCUCCCAACCACCAAUGGCCCCUACACGGGCGAUCUGACCUACUACGACCCAGCCUUGGGCUCCUGUGGCAUUGAUAGCUCCGCCACCGACUCUAUCUGUGCCGUCUCGCAUGUGCUCUACGAUGCCGCUUCCACGGGGUCCAAUCCCAAUGCCAAUCCGUUGUGCGGCAAGAAGCUGCGCGUGCGGAGGGGAGAGAGCAGUGUUGAUGUGACGGUAGUCGAUCGAUGCGUCGGAUGUGCCGCUACUGACCUUGAUGUCUCGCCGGGGGUGUUUACCAGUCUGGCGGAUAUGGAUCUGGGGAGAGUGUUGGUGGAGUGGGCGUGGUUGGAUCAUGCUUGA